AUGCACUGUCCCACUAGCAAGUCAUUCCCGGAUCUCACUGCACUAGUGAAUGAGUUUUCGAAAGGCGGCGAACCACCGAAAGUGCGUGACGUCAGCGGGUGUCGUCCAGGCCACGCUGCCAUCAUCUCUCAAAAGACCAACAAUCUAGGCCGGCAUCGCAGGGCGCGAAAAGCCGCCGACAUUCCCUAG